AACGCCGCGCGCCGGCGUUGGCAGCUGUCAGUCAAAGAGAGGCCGCGAGCCGGGCUCGAGCCGCCCGCUGUCCACCUACGCGCGAGAUUGUCCCGGCGAAGCUCGCAGCGCCUUUCGCCUGGAGCCCACCCACCCAUCCUCUUCCUUUCCGCCCCUCUCCCCAACCCCCCCCUUCCCCAUUUUCUGUCCCUUCAUACCGUGGGGGUGGCCGCAGAUUCGAGUCGCGGGAGGAGGGGAAAUUAAAAAAAAAACAAUUUUUUUUUCGAUGUGUCUAUAUAAUCCGCUUUAUUCCGAAGUAGUUUUUUUUGGAUGAGCCCCCGGAUGUUGGCGCAUGGAUAUCUCACCGCCUCUCCAAUGUGCUAGUGUUGAAGAGAGUAAAUAUGUCGGCUGCUGGGAAUGCAUUUGUCACGGUGUAAGCAGGAUCGGUGAAGGUUCGCCGUUGGCCCGAUCGCUCUGAAGUUUCGCGGGGGGGAUAUCUAACUGCUGUGAAAGGGCGGAGAGAUUUGCGGCGUCGGCAGUGGUGUUUUUUUUGAGUCUUGCUUCCCUUCCCUUGAAUGUUGACUUUCGGAUGCUCGGCGAAGAGGGGUGUUUUAAUUUGUCAAAAUGAAUCCUCAGCAGCAGCGAAUGGCAGCCAUAGGGACGGACAAAGAACUCAGCGACUUGCUGGAUUUCAGUGCGAUGUUUUCCCCGCCUGCAUCUAAUGGAAAGAACCGACCAACCACAUUAGGAAGCAACCAGUUUGGGGGCACAGGUUUGGAUGAGAGAACAGGCCCUGGUCAAUGGGCAACAGGCACACAGAGCAGUAGUCCAUCGACAUAUGAACAGCCAAGGGGCUAUGGCGAAGGUUCUCACUAUGGUGAUCAUGUAUCCAACAGAGAAUUGUCGUCACAUGAUGGCAUAUCAUCUUCGUCUUUCAUAAACCCCGGUCUUGUUGUCAAAAACACUGAGAGAGUUCCUUUCCCACCAUUUGGAAGAGAUUCCGCCAUGCCAGGUUUAAAUCAGGGAAGUUUUCUGAAUUCUGAAAUGGGAAUGGCCAAUUCAGGAGCAAUAUCGCCAACUGGAGUCAAACCAGGAUCUCAGUAUUACCCCUACACCAGCAAUCCUCGAAGACGACCCGUGCAAGAAGCAAGUAAUUUAGAAUCCCAACCCAAAAAAGUACGAAAGGUACCUCCUGGCCUUCCAUCUUCGUGGCGACGGGACACCGCCACACUCUACAGCCGCCAAACCAUUCCCUGAGGACGCAACAUCCAA